ACUGGCCAAUGUACAGAUGGAGCAAACCAGCUUACUGGAUGUUGCCUCCAAAGCGGUCCUGAACUACGUUCUCGACGGGAGCAUCGAGGCCGCUCAGCUCGUGUCCUUGCCGACCAGGCUGCGAGAACACCUGAUGAGAGGGUUGGAAAGCCAGAUGUGUCUCCCUGGUCAGCAAAGCAUCGACGAAUUCGAUCGACGCUACGAGGCCUUUGAGAGUUUGUUACCAGCGAAGAAAAUUGACCUGCUGGCGCUGAUGAGCUACUGUCCCACCGACAGCGGGACACGAAAACGCAUGUUCAGCAAGGUCAUGGAAAUUAUCGAAUCAAAAUCUCCCGAAGUCGAGUCAAUAAGGAUGGACCUCAAACGAAUUACACCUAGAAAGUGUCUCUUUGAUACCUCGUCCCUGUUGAUGCGAGAUUUGAAAAAUGUGAAGAAAUUGGAAAUGCUGGGAUGCAGCAUUCGACUGAAGGACCUGAUGUUUCUGUGCAGAGUAAAAAUGCCAAGCCUACAACACGUCCAAGUUGAGGAGAUUGCGAUUUCACUGAAUGACCUCUUCAAUGAAGAGCAUCUUGUUCAGUGCCUCUCCAACUUACGAGUGCUACUUUUUAAAGAAAACAAUGUGUUUGUGGCUUCAAACGACAGCAGCCAAACCUUGUUUAAAACCCUGUGCAUUGACAGACUGCCUAACCUUAAAGUUUUCCAACAAAUGGCCGAUCACACAGCAGGAGAAGAGUCAACAGUGACCUUCCAGAUUGGAGACACAAUCAGGCCUAGACUGCAGCAGUUGACAACUGCUCUGGGAGUGGAAGGCAUGCACCUUAUGUUUCCUUCAGUAACCAACUUACGGGUCGAUGAGAUGAAUGAGGAGAGAGAUUGGCGUAACUUGCUCCAGUUUCCAAAAAUUGAAAGCCUCCAGAUCUGCCACUCUUCAUCAUCAGCAAUAGAACCUUUCUUGGCUCGAUACGGCGCAAAUCUGCGAACUUUGGUUCUCUCUGAGAUGGAAGGUGUACUAUUCCGCCAAAUAUUCAAACUCUGCCCUAAUUUGGAAGUUCUGAAGCUGCAAAAUGUGAUUGUGGGUGAUGACACCAAUAUCAUUUCUAAGUUUGCAAAAUUGAAGCAGCUUUACUGGAAACCAAACGACUCUGCUGACGAGUCGAAGAAAGCCCAUAUCUCCAAUAUUUUGGCAGCCCCAGAUCUGGAGACACUGGAGAUGUUUGGAAACAGUUUCAACCACAGGGACUUCGAAAAAGUUUCCGGACUCAUCUCGAAUGGACAAAUUCUUCGCAAGCUGGUCACGUUCAAGUUCGUAGGCACCAGACCCUAUGUCCCACUCCGCGACAACGACGAUGCGGAAUACACUGACUUCUUCUUGGCCACAAGCAAACUGAUCAAAAACUCAAUGGCCUUUAUCCCAAAGCUGUCCAAUGUCUGUCUUUGUAUGUGCUAUGGGUGUGUCUCCUGGAACAAUAUCGAGGAAGGAGUACAAAUAGAAGAUAUGACACCGGACCCAAGUUUCUGCCAGUGUAUGAACGCUCAUGUUUGCAAGGAAUUAAAAGAUGAAACCAUUUUCGAUUUCCUUGAGGCUUUCAAGCGCCGAAAGUAGUUUCUGCUGGAGCGAGGCGAAUAUUAAAUAAAGUGUGUUGAUUAUUGUACAGUUAAAUUUGAUGUGUGGAGUUUGACCGUGC